UACCCGGAAGGAAGGGGGGGUGUUACCGCGAUGACGUCUCUGUCAGCUGUGCCGUGUGUGUGAGUGUGUGUGAGAGAGAGAGACAGAAAGGGAUUGUACGAAGCUGAAAGGAUUGAAUUGAAGAAAGUUCCGGGGCGAGAUUAAAUACAAAUAUCUGGAUCAUUGCAUUCAAAAUAAAAAAGCAAGCAAGCACAGGACUUGCACAUCUGAAUCGUUGUUGUUUUAAUUCCAGGUGUGUUACCGAUUUUCUCUCCACCCCAAAGUAGAGCAAAUCUGUAAACCCUGGCGGCAAUCUUUAUUUUUUUGUUUUUGUUUACGGCACAGCAGCUGCAGAGAACAGCUUUAACAUACUCACUGUAUACAGUUGGAUGUAGGUACAUCGUCACGGCCGGUUAUUUGGAAAAGGGUGGCAAAAUCUUGCAAUGCAUUUCGAACUAACGCGUUAUUUCAAAAACUAGUAGAGGUGGUGGUACAAGGAGAAACUUGUAGGAGCAUCCUUUUUCAUCUGCGUGUCAGACAGUAGGCUGCAUUACACAGAAGGGAGAAGAUGGAAUAAUGUAUGUGGUGUUUAACUUGCUGCUGCCGAUGUAAUUAAAAUAAUACAAUGGCACUGUAUGAAUCACAUUAAGUGUGGGGUUGUGUGUCUUGGAUUCUAGUGCUUCACCACAAGCAACGGCAACUAUUCAAACAGACGCCCGUCACACGCUCACAAACACCGACCUGGGUUUCUUCACGACUCAGAAGAAAGCAUCUAACUACUUACUGGAUUGUAUGUCAGUUCUGUAAAGAUUCGUCUCAUCUGCACAGAUCAAUGAACCUCUCAGCUCAUGGACGAGAAAGCACAGAACAAGUCCACGCUAAUCUCCAGGCUGCCCAAGUUUGGAGUUAAAUCUCCAGGAACCAGCAGCUUAGCCAAUGGAGCCUGCAUCAGCCUGCCUGGCCAGCCCCAAGGAGGCAAAAUGGGGGGCAGUGGGAAGCAGAACGGGGUCGUCCGCACGCCCUUCUGCUCCCUCAACUGGAGGAAGGCCAAUCUGGUCCCCAACGGUGUACAGACCCCUGAAGAGGGGGGGGAAACGCUAGAUAACGCGAAAGGGGGGGAUGACGGGAGGUUACAGCAGCCCGUCGCGAGACUCGGGCAGCCAGAGACAAAAAAGGCUGCCUCUUUUUUCCCAAACAAGGGAAAGAUGACCCCAGUUUCUGCCUCUAGGACAGAUGUAGCCCCGCAGACUUUGCCUCAGGCGGCGAAGGCUACCAACAGAAAUAGCUUUCCAAGUCGGCCGCUGUCGGGUCAGAACUUUUACAGCAAGUCCAAUCUGAACUGCUUUAGUGGGCCCAAGUUUGGAAUGGGAUUGCAAAGGCCGAGGGCUAAUUCCAGCUCCACAAGGAGCAGCUCCAGGGAGAGUAUGACCCAGUCCAGCGACAGCCUCAAGUCAUUGUCACUGGACAGUAUCGUGCGCUCACAGAGCUUCUCCCAUUUCAAGCAGAUUCCGUCCCCCACAGGCCCCGCCAUGACCCGGUCGUAUUCCUUCAACAAGGCAGUGGAGCUCUCCAAACCCUCCGGCAACCCCCAGCUGCGCACCAAGGCUCUUCCUGCCAAAAAGACAGCCGACUGCAUCAAGGAGACCAACGUCAAAGGCUCCUUGGCCAAGUCUGGGUUUGGUUUCGGUUCCUCAGCUCUGUCUUCUCUGAAGAAACCUCUUUUACCAAACUUUCCAGCAGGAAAACCCUCAGUGCUGAGCUACCGGAUGACCAGGCCUUCCCUGGUCAAGCACCCCAGGCCUGUCAUUCCAGGGAAGGUGGUGGACGGUUGUCUGAAUUCAAAAAUGGACAAGACCGCAGGAGGAAGCCAAGUGGAGGCCAGUGAAAAAGGAGCAGACUGCAGCUGCGGUCAGGGAGAUCUUGCUGAGCCAGCAGCCUGCACUGAAGAGGAGCAGGUACCCUUGAAGGAGCAGGAGGCCAAUCUCCGCUACCUGGGGGAACCCUUGGAUGAGAUGUCCCUCUCGUCCACCUCUUCCCUGGAGAGGAAUGACAACAGUGAGGAGUACCUCGAUGACUUUGAUAAUCUCGGCAAUGGGGGGGCUGUUACUGUCACGGAAUGUUUAAGGGAUUUUCCACUAUUGCCGACAGACGAUGUCCCGGACACAGGACAGGCUGACUCGGGGACAGAGGGGGACCUGGGUCUCCUGUCCCAAAGCAUGGAAUGGGUGAACAUGGGAUUGCAAGGUGGUCUGGCUGACGAGAUGGAGAGCUCUCUGACGGCCUCGCAGGCUCCCCUCCCCUUCUCUCCGGAGAGGGACUUCCCCACAGGCUCCUCCCUGGAGCUCUCCCCCUCGGACAGCUCUGACGGGACCUACAUGUGGGAUGAGGAGGGGCUCGAGCCGCUGGGGAGCGCGCCCCACCACUGCGGGAGCUACGACGACUCGGUGGAGAUCAACAGCCUGGAUAUUCUGAAUGACCUGGAUAACCUGGAGUCAUGUGACCUGGACGAUGAUGACCUCAUGCUGGACGUGGAUCUCCCAGAAGAUGGCUCUCUUAACAAUGUUGACACUGAGAACAUGUCCCAUUUGGAGCGGGGGCGCCGGCAUGGCCAGGGCUACUGGAGGAGACGCCCGCAGCAGCGCUGGACCGGGCAGGAACACUUCCAGCAUGAUAACAGGGGACCUGUGUUCCUGGGCUCCCCAGCGGGGCAGUAUGAUGGGUACUGUGGCCCCAGUUUCAGCAGGACCUCCCAGGAGAACAUCGUGGCUCUCGACGAACUGACCCUACGUCACAUGACCCAGGACUGCACCUCCGUCAAGAACCAGCUGCUCAAACUCCAGCAGCUACUGCAGGCGGGGGACGACAGCGGCGGCAGCACAGCUCUGCAGGACAUGCUGCUGGCAGGACCUCGGAGCCCUGAGCCCCAGGAGGACUCCAGCACAGCUGUGCAGAUUGAAGAGCUUUUGAAUGAAAUCCGCCAACUGAAAGAUGAACUGAAGAGCAAGGAUGACACGAUUAAACAACUUCAGCAGCAAAUGAGCACUAGGUGUCACUGUCACAAAAGGAACCCAGAGUCUAAAGAGAUGCGACAAAGACACAACGACAAGGCCACCCAAACCGCUUGGAGAGGGAAUCCUCCUCAAAUACUACAUCCUUCCAGCCCCAGACGCACAGACACCCCCAGCAAGGGAAGACUAGCAAGAUCAACCCCCACCGAGGACCCCAGUAGCUGUCCAGGGAGCACCUUGCACAACGCCAAUGACAGCUGCCUGCAGCAGCCGCAGCAAACCGUUCUCCAUGGCCCAGUCUCGGGUCCUCCCGCUGCUGCUUAUUCUGCUCCUGCGUUGGGGGACCCUGCUGCUGAGCAGCCCCCAGACCCAGACAAGCUCAGCUUGCUGCUGAGUGCGGCUCUCAAAAUCGACGAGGCUGAUCGCAGACCGACUGAACCCCACGCCAGAAGCAACUCUUUCGGGAUGUCUCUCCAGAUCCAGCCCCUUCCCGACGUAUCCCCACUCGCUUCCAACAGACAGGUCAAGAUGCCCCCGAGACUCUCUCAGAAAUUGUCUAAGAGACAGCCACCCGGCCUCCUGCAGCCGCCCAGGUUUCACAACAGGGUCCUCAAAGCCUCUGAGGUAUCAGAGGUCCCCGCGGCAACCAAGGGCAAAUCACCCGAGUCCAGCCAGAACCACAAAAAGACGCCAGAGAGCAGGCUGAACUCCAAGCUGCAGCCUCCUAACGCCACCCUGCUCUUCAAGACUAAGCAGCCACCGCAGUCACUGAAGACCCAGCCUGACGGUUACUCCGAGUCCAAGGAUUCGGGGUCCACGCAGGCCUCUACCUCUCUGGGCUUCCCCAGGUCCCUGAUUCAAAGAGAUAGCUCUGCUCAGCUCUCCCGUUUCCCCAAACCAAAGGUCCACUGAGCCUGCAGAAAACAAACAAACUAGGCUUUUUGUUGGCACAUUGUUACCACUUUAAAUGGGGACAACCCCAGUACCUGAUUUUAACAAUAAUAAACACAGUAAGCAACUAAUUACGUCAGCUGCUUGCCUCAGUGGCUACAGUCUCCCACCUGACAGAGUGCUUUGAAAUGAGAAUGUCAUGUACCCAGUGCCUCGCUGUGCCAGUGUCCAUUUCACCCCAUGCAAUAUGCUUUGUACCCAUUAACCAGAAACAGGUAACAGCGUGCAGUUAAUUCCUAAAGGCUCUAGCACUAAAUACACGUUGCUGGUGUAUGUGCAAGUUCAACUCAUCUGCUCUCCCCUGCUAUGUAGACAUUAAGGUUGUGAUAGUGGGGGAUCUGCUUAUGCAUUCCAGACUGUAUGAAUAUUUGUUUGUUUGUUGGUUUUCCUGCAAGAUGUACCAAUCAUACUGGUCCUUGGUGCAUUAUGAAUUCUCUAAAUUGAUGUGUUGUUUCUUAGCCCUUAAUCGUCCUAAUCUAGUCUGUUUAACACAGAUAAAAAAAAAAAAAAGAUAAUUGUCAGACCUGAUAUUUGCACUGCCUGAUACUGCAGAGUGAUCAUAAAAUAGGUUUAUAUAAAUAUUUAUUUAUUAAACAUGUUUACCAGGAGAAACCCUAAUGAGAUUUCUGAACACACAUUUUAUCAAUCAUACAGUACAUCAUAAAUAUAUGCACCUAAUAUUGUGCAGAGGAAUCUAUAUGUGCAUAUACACACAGUGCAGCGAUUCUGAGGGGUUUUAUUCCAAAUCAUUUUCUGACAUUAAAAAAAUAUAUAAACCUGAAUCACAUAUGUAAAAAAAAACACAAAAUCAACGUAAGACUUGCAAGCUGCAAAUUCAAAUAUUAAAUGUAGCUGUUUGUGUUCAUUGUAGCUGUGUGCUAAUACAGACAAUACAUGAAAACAAAUACAGUGGUUGAGUGAGAGAAACAUGCCGAAUGAAGAGAUAUUAUCCUGUUCAGUGUUUAAAGGUAUGGAUUAAUGAAGAACAGUGUCAAGGUAAUACAUACACUGCAUCCUACUUCAUUGCUCACUGUUAACUAGGGGCAGGGGUACAAAUAUAUUGUUAACUUGAGGAAGAUUAAGAAUUUUGAGCUGUGUAUAGAAUUGGAACUGUUGGGCAUACUGUUAUUGAUCCGCUCUCCUGCUUAUUUAUUGAUUGAUUGAUUGAUUGAUUUUUAAAACACUGCACUGAAAGCUCGAGAACACUUCAAUGCCUCCCCUGCCUUCUAAUCUCUACCACUGGGUUCAGUGGGGUUCCUUCUUAAAGGGAGAUUAAAUAAAAAAAUAAACAAUCCAGUGCCAUGGCUUUAGUAGCUCAGUACUUUCCCUUUCCUGUGGUGCUGUGCCAUCAAACUGCCAGGAGGACUGCCCUGGAAAACACAGCUGUGUUUGCAAAAAUGGCAAUGUGGCCUUUCAUUUAAUAAACACAUCUCGCCCAAUAUGAAGGCUUGAUUGAAUGGCGCCAUAAAACAGGAACAGGAAUGUAGUGCCAGGUGCUGUAUUUUUGAUUGAAUCCCUCAGGACAGGGGGUAAGGGUUUUUCUGUAUGCUCGAUAAGUACAGUCACAUGUGAGCAUAUUGUCCUGCAGAUGUAAACAAUGCAAUCCUAAACUGAGAUUGUGAAAAUGGGCAGUUAGGAUACCUACUGAAAAUAAAACGGCAAUGGACCACUAGCCUUAGUCAAAGACAUGUCUUGGUCUUUAAGUUAGCAAAACCCAACUAAAAUAAUCAGAUCGUGUUUGUGUGUGCACAAAACUGUGUAUAGGUAUGUGUCUGUACAUUUAAGAAAACCUGUUUGUAUAAUUAAUUACACUAGCAUCAAUAACCAAGUUAAAAUAUUUCACAAAUAACUCACCAACCACAUUGCACUGUAUCUAGUGUCUAGCUACUGUACUGUUGUUUUUGCCUGACAUCCUUCAGCUUGUAUUUCUAGCACAAUCCUUUUCAGAAGAAUCUAAUUUCUAUGCUGCCAUCACAUUUUUUUUGGCAGGUUUCCAAUCAGUUAUGGGGUCCUAAUUGCCACUAAUUCAUGCAUCCCAAAUGUCGAAACCUCUUUAAAGUCUGCUAAACAGAAUCAAACAAAUUGUAGUGACUCUUUUAGAGCCUUCAUAAAUUCCUUCUGCUUUGCAGCGCCCAAACUGAUAGACGUGUACUUUAUUUAAAAGCCUUCUUUGACUGUUUGACAGCCUAAUAUAUACCGGAACUCGUAAAGUUGUCUGCUGUUAAUAUCCUGUGCCUAUAACUUAUUUAAACAAACAUAAAAUAGUGGCUGCUUGACGUCUUGACGUCUGGUACACACAUAUUGAAUUGGAUUCAAGUGCUGGCCAUUGCUAAUCUCUAUUUAGAAAAGCAAUGGAUGAAGUGUCUGUUCUCGCUAACUGCUUAAAUAUGUACAACUGCUGUGAACUUGUAAAAAAGAUUCAGGUCCAAUCCAUGAACAAGACCUGGUACACAUGCGCUACAAAAAUGAUCUUGUGGCAGCAGUCUGAGCAAUCAGACCCAUGCUAAAUGCUUUUAGAACUGGUCAGACUUAAUACAGGAGCUGUGGAAGCUGUGAUAUGUCUCCCCUUCAAAGCUGAGUUUAACCAUGAAGGAUUAACAGUUUAUCUGUUAGUUAACAGUUUACCUGUUAGUUUGGCACUGAUUCCACUCUGGAAUAUGUUGUCCACUGUAGUCAACAUGUACUCUAUGACACAGAAGUGCCACAGUGGAAACAUUUUGAGGAGAAGAAUUACCCAACUAGAAGAUAAGAAGCUGAUAUCAUAGAAAUACUUAAAGAGCAAAUUUAGCGUGGGCCUGCUUGUUCUGUUUCUCUCCACCUGGUGGCACUAUAUGUUAAAAUACAGUGAAUAAUUAAAGAGUUGGAUACUGUACUGGUAGUUUUCGCACCAAAGUGUAAUAUAAAACCUGACCAGACACACGCACACAGUUACUUGAAUGAGUCCAAACAGUUGUUUGGGACAUAGAUGUAACCUUAGCUCGCUAAAUUAAUAUUUAUUUAGCCAGUGAUGGCACAUUCAUUAAGCAUGUUAAUAUACUUGAGGGUACUUGUAAACAACAUGCUGUACUGUAAUCCUCAGCCUAGUCGCUCUUCUGUUUCCUCCUUGUUAUAAGCAGUGUUGUUUUUAUUAAAGCACACUUGUUGAGAGAAUUGGUUGUGUGUUGUUUCAAGAGGGCUUUGCUAUGCUAAGUUAUUUAAAAAAUAUUAUUAUCACAAUUAAUAUUUUUAUUUAAAUUCAAGUUAGCUAAAGGUUUUGUAGCCUACAUUAGGCCUCAGCAAGAGGAUUCUUUUUUAUUAUUAUUUGUAAAAUUGCCUUUAUUAUUAUUUAGAAAUUAUACAAAAUGUCAACCUUAAAAAAAACUCUCUCUUCAUACAUACGAUUUAAAAUGUUGUAAAAACAAUAAACUGGUCUGGAGUGCUACUAAUGCAAAGCUAGCUGACUUGCUUAUAAUUUGUAGAAGGGAUGGGGAGUGAGAGGGAAUGACCAGCUGAAUUCUUUACUACACUCACACACCUUGCACAAGCAGACCAACCACUGAUGAAAUGCAGGAGUGCGGCAAGUAAAAUCCUGAAUUCUUGCUUGACCGUUAGUCACGGAUUCUAACAGAUGUGCUGCUGUUUCUCAUGCAGGUGGCGGUAACUUUAUGCAAACCAAUCUUUGUGUCGCUUAUAACUUUCAUUCAGAGUAAGGCGGGGAGAGGGUGUUUUGCCAUAACAUUACACGGUGUACUCUAUGAAUCCAGCUUUCCAAGGUUACACGAUUUACACACGUUUCGUAUGGAGGCUUGUGUAUGUGCAGGCUGAGUUAGAACGAUAGUUUGAAAGCGGAAACACAAGUACAUUUCAUCAGGUUUUUUGCAUCAGACUUUGUGAUUGAGUGUUUUUGGAUAAAUGCAUGCAGGAAGGUGAUAAAGUUAGAAGGAUGCCAUUCGUCUUAUCUAUACAGGUGUAUUAUGUGCAUGUGAAAUUACUGCAGUUUUGAGACAAAGAGUGUCCAUAUCAAGGGCACCUUGUGGCCUGUAUUGUUAUUAUGGGGUCUGUACUUGCCUACACAUGGCUAUUUUGCACACAGUAUGCUCCCUUACUUGCAUUGAAGCCAUGUGAUGAAAAAUGCUUGAUUUCUCCCUUCUUGGGUUACUAAUUGAUUCAUGACUAGUUUUAAUGGUCUAUCGCAGUGAAGCUGCAGGCAGUGACCUCGUCAGGUUUAUUUCUUUUAGAAGCUGCUACAGGAGCAGAGAGGCAUGCGUUUUGAUGGAAGAGAUGUACGCUAAUGGACAAAGUGUUUGUCAAACUUGUCUAUCUCUGGGUUCCCACUAGACUUUUAAAUGCAAAACCGUGCAAUACAUUAUCUCUAGGCAAAUAAGUAGUGACUUAAGCAUGUGAGAGGUUGAAACGGUUACAUGAGUCUUCAAUACCAUUGCGAUGGGGGGGGGGGAUCAAGUCAGGCUAAAGCUCUUCCGCCAGGUUUAUUUGUUUUCACUACAGUACCUGCGAGACACACCACUUCCCCUGCGAUGUGGACUGUGUUUGUUAUUGGUGGGGCUCAGCAACACAGCCUUCAAGGCUUAAAAACCGGUCUGGAAUCCUUUUUCGUUUUUGCAGUAAUCUCAUUGCUUACCCCUUGCUGCCUUGAGCAUUGUGGUUAUUGCUCUAGUUUUGUUUUAAUAUAAAACUGCUGUUUGUAAUAUAUCUAUUUCAAUGUUACCCACCUUUAUACAACCCUGGCCCUAACAAAUUUCCCAUGGGGAAAAAAAAACAACUCAUCAUUUCUGCUGCAGAGCAUCCACUUCUGUACAUCAGCUGUGUAGGGAGGUUGCAACUGAUUUUCAGAUCAGAUCUUAAAACUGUGUACAACACUAUAUUGCCUGUUCAGAUUACCUUUAGGGCAGAAAAAGAAUGAUGCGCCAGGGAGCUGAUUACACAACACCAGAGCAGCUUUUAGCAUGUCUCUCGGUGGUAACACUUUUGUUUAGGUGUCCAUUUCUAAGAGGUUGUAUACCAUCUAUAAACAUUUUCAUUGUUUUAUUAACGGUCCGUGAUAAGAGAUAGUAACACUCUACCACAGUGCACUGUUGCUGUCAUUUUUGUUAUAACUUCUUUAUAAGAAUGUUAUAAUAUAAAUGAUAACAUUCAUGCAUGAACCCACUUCUAAGAGAAACCUAAAACUGAGUGUUAUCCUGUAGUCUGGAGUUUGUUCUUAUCCAGGUUUAUUGCAGGGCAUGAUGCAAUGUGGAUGUUAUAGAUCACCAUGCAUACACCCAGGCUUGCUACUGCUGAUUUCCUUUGACGUCCUAUCAGCUACAUACAAGCUGAGUUAACCCACUACAAAGUAGAUGUAUGCAACAGAAAGUAAUAGCCCAUAAUAUCAAAGUGUGUAAUAGUUUAACUACUGUCUCCCCAUAGACUGCUGUAUAUGUUUCUGAGUGUUCGGUGGCUACCUCUAAUCAAGUUGAGAGUGUAUUCCUCACGCAGUCUUUGAAAAAACACUCAACUUGAUUAGGAGGUAAGCCACUGAACACUAACAAACAUAUUACAAUAUUUAAAUGUAAAUUAAACAACAGACAACAAGCUGAUAUUAACAUAUUUAAUCUACACUUUAGUUGAUAUUGACACGUUCCAAUUGUAAAUUAUAAUAUCAAAUAUACACCACUUCAUGGAUUGAUCUGGAAAUGUAAACUGACGUAUUUCUUCAGCUGGUUAUUUGGGUCACCACUCUCCAGACCUGAUACUGUAACAUAUACAUAAAAUGUAUAAAAUGUUUUUGUGAAAAAUGUAAUGCAUUGUUUUUGUUGUUAUUGUUUUCAGUGAAACUGAGCACCUGUACUGCUGCAUUCUCAUGUAUCUUCCUAUUGUAUAAUCAAUACAGAAACAAAAAAGGAGAAUAUACUGUUAUAUAUAAAUAUGUAAUGGAUCUUACUAAAUUGUAAAAUGUAUGCUAGAGAUGUGGUAAGAGGUUAAGAAGAGCAUAUGUAAAGAAAGUCAAUCAGAAAUGCACUUUAAAUGAUGUUCAGUUAUCAGGGCUGGGGACCAGACCCCACUUCUGUCUGUUGUGCUAUUUGUAAUAGUCUUUUCUUCCCCUGUUUCCCGUACUCUCUUACAAGGGUGUGAUUCAAAACGUAAUAAAGACUGCACAGAAUCUA